AGAAGAGAGAGAGAAAGAAACGGGCACUUUUAGUAUAGGCCACGGACGCUUUCAGCCCUAAUUCAAUGCUUUACCAAACUCACCACUCCUUUUUAUUCCAAUUUCAUCCCUUUACUUGUUCAAUCCCUUCUUCUUCUUCAACCUCAACCUCAACCUCAACCUCUCUCCUCUCCUCUCUCUCUCUCCUCAUCCUCCUCUGCCCUUAACCUUUCCUCCACCUCUACCUCCACAACAGGUAUACAUGAUAAAAUGUCAUUUUUGUCUUCAAAUUAAUCAAAUAAAAAGGCUUGGGUUUCCUCCUGUUGUUUUCUGUAACCGCUGUGUGUUUAGUGCAAGGAAGAAUGUUGCUUUAUUUUGGUUUUGGGUUUUUCUGGUUUUGUUGUCUUAGGUUGAAACUGAAAUGGAAUGCGUGGAAGCGGCCCUGAAGACCAGUAUUAGGAAGGAGAUGGCUGUCAAGGCGAGCUCACAAGCGGUUUUUGAUGACUUGUUGUGGGGCGGCGUCAAUGGACAAAACGGUGUCGCUUGUGACGAUUUCUCAGUCGAUGACCUCCUUGACUUCUCGAACGAAGAUGGGUUUGUGGAAACAGAGGCUGAGGAAGACGAUAAAGAUAAAGUCAAGGGCUUUGCCUCUGUUCCGCCUCAGAAACAACCCCAGGACCCUGAGAACUCGGAUUUGUCUGAAAAAAACGAACUUGGGCCCGAACCCACCAGCGAACUCAGCGUUCCGGCGGACGACUUGGAAAACCUCGAGUGGUUGUCUCAUUUUGUUGAGGAUUCUUUCACGGAAUUCACUACGUCUCUGCCGGCAGGGUUCAUCCCCGAGAAGCCCAAGACCGAGAAACGUCCCGACCCGGCAGCGCCUUUACCCCAAAAACCCUGUUUCAAGACUCCGGUUCCGGCCAAGGCCAGAAGCAAGCGAACCCGAACCGGCGGCCGGGUCUGGUCACUGGGGUCACCUUCGUUGACGGAGACAUCCUCGAGUUCUAGUUCCUCGUCUUCUUCUUCGUCUCCGUCUAGCCCCUGGCUCAUUUACCCCACCACCCAGAACCGGGAACCAGCCGAAACGGGCGGCGAACCGGUCGGGUCAGUGGAGAAGCCUCCGAAGAAGCCCAAGAGAAGACUGGUGGAUGGAAGCUCGAGCCAGCCGCCUCGUCGGUGCAGCCAUUGUGGGGUGCAGAAGACCCCGCAGUGGAGAACCGGGCCCAAUGGAGCCAAGACCCUCUGUAACGCCUGUGGGGUACGUUACAAGUCGGGUCGGCUCUUACCGGAAUAUCGACCCGCAUGCAGCCCGACUUUCUCGAGCGAGUUGCACUCGAACCACCACCGUAAAGUUCUAGAGAUGCGGAAGAAGAAGGAUGUCACCGGCGUGCCCGAACCCGGUUUGACCAGACCUCCGGUGGUGCCCAGUUUUGGUUAGGCGGAAAGAAAAAGGAUUAAAACUUUUAGUUAGCAAGUAGGGAAGAGAGGACAAAGUGAACCGGGGUUAGAUUGGAUUGAACCCGGUUCGAACAGGCCGAGUUAGUGUACAUUUUUUCUUUCGUUUUUCCUUUUGCAUGGGUUGGUGCGGUAGGUUUGUAGGCAUGUAACUGAUUAGGCAGGACUUUACUAGUUUACUUAAUAUGUACUUAAUUUUUAAAUUAUAUUCUUGGUUUGUUUUAAAUUUAA